ACCUACAAAGCAAGCCAAAAUAUCUGGUAACAUUUACUGUCGGUAUUAAGCAGAAGCAUAACAUUGAUGCUGCUGUAAAGAAGACAACUGAAUGGGAUGAAUUUGAGUGGUCAAAAAAUGCCAUCCACGUGAGUGUUCGGAAACAAACAAAAUGGUGGUACGCGAAAAGGUUUCUGCAUCCAGACAUAGUUGCCCCAUAUGACUAUAUUUUUAUCUGGGAUGAAGACCUAGGAGUUGAGCAUUUUGAUGCCAACGACCAGGUUUGGAUCCCAGGAGAGAAACAACAUGGCAAAUGACAAAGAGAAGAGGUGAUCGCGAAGUUCACACGACAACAGAAGAGAAACCAGGCUGGUGUGCAGACCCCCAUUUGCCUCCUUGUGCAGCAUUUGUAGAGAUCAUGGCUCCGGUCUUUUCCCGAGAUGCAUGGCGUUGUGUGUGGUAUAUGAUUCAGAGUGACUUAGUCCAUGGUUGGGGACUUGACUUUGCGCUUCGUAAAUGUGUUGACCCUGCUCAUAAGAAAAUUGGAGUCGUAGAUGCUCAAUGGAUUGUUCAUCAAGGUCUCCCUUCUCUGGAAAUGAGGGAGAAGCAAAAGAUGUAAAUGCUUCUUGGAAAGGGGUGAGGGGCAACUGUAGAAAGGAAUGGACAAU